UUUCACUACUCAGGAACAUCUUUCUACUGUGUGAACUGAGAAUCGAAGCUACGUCGAGUCGUUGGUUGGAUAGGAUUUCUUUUCUCAUUGUUCAAUAGCUGUGGGCCUCAAAGCUGAGAUUACUUACUAUGGAGUAGUUAGCAAGUUACGUCUUGAAAAAUGGCUCUUCCAGUUCUCCAGCACCGGGUCAUCAUCCCCGAACGCCCACCCUGAAUGCCCGCAGAGUACGCCAGAGCUAUGAACACUUUCGACACCCUAACCACCCAAUUUCAAGACCGGGACCAUAUAAAUAAUACGGGUCUCAAACCCAUUCUUCUGACGCGCCUUGUUCGAGAUCAGGUGAUUGACAAAAAUGCAUUCCUACGUUUUUGUUCCUACUUUAUUGGCGAGGAACUCGGUGGAGCCUCGAAUAAUAACUAUAACCUCACCGAACUCUCUGCGUGUCUUUCUUGUCUGAAUAGUCGUUCUAUCUGGGCCGCCGAAAUCAUCGAAGCCCUCUAUAAUGGUUUAGUAAAUUUCGCUAAGUUUAUUAUUGAUAACCUCUUCAUGCCGUUGAAAGCUCUAUCUACAAAGACACCUAAUAGCACCCCCGGGAGUGCGUGUCAUCUCUUGUCCCAAGAGGCUGGCAUCGGCACACCCCAACGUCUCGAAGAAUUAAGAGAUAACUGUCUCAAACGAGACCGACAUCGAUGUGUUGUCACGAGACACGUCUGUCGAGUGGAAGCACGAGCUAGAUUCAAGGUGGAUGGCGUCAGGUUUGUAGAUGAUGACGGGGCCGGUCUUUACGCUGAAAGAAGCACAAUGGAAGACUUAGAAGUGGCACAUAUUUUCCCUCACUCUUUGAUGUCGCUCAGCAAGGGUGAACAAACGCUGUCCGAGAGUAAACAGUUGGCACAUAAGCUUCUAAAUAUGUUUGAUCCAUCGGUUGUUCCCCGCAUUAGCGGAUGUGAUAUUGACAAACCAAUCAAUGCUAUCACAUUGAUCGAGAGGGCCCAUACAAUGUUUGGUAAUUUUGAAAUCGCUUUUGAGCAUUUAGGGGGACACACUUACAAGAUCGACUAUGUCGAUCCUGAAGAAAUCUUUACCAAUCUUGACCUUCCUGCUACGCGUAUACUUUUGCUUACUCCAGAUCGAACAAAAGUUUUACACAUGAGCGCCGCGGAGGAAUAUAUUGACAAUGUUCUCCGAAAAAUGGAUGAAACAUACAGACGGCAACUCAACGCCAACGGAUCCACCCCCAUCGACCACUAUAUACGGUUGAAGCUUGGUUUUGUGAUGAGCUGAUCGAGCGUAGUCCGGUCAAGUGCAUAACAACGGGGGCUUCCUAAUAUCACAAUCCCUCUUCAAAUGGCAGCCAUAGGAUACCCGUGCCAUACCUUAGGGGUAGCAAGGACCUCAAAAGUGUUGGAGCUGCUCGUGGGAAGCAAAAAGUCUUUCAAAA